AUGGAAAAGGACUCAAUCCGACCCCUGCGUCUCGUGGACCAGAAGAAGAAGGAGCUCACGGAUCGAUUCGAGAUGACCGACAUGGGAGAGGUAAAGCGGAUCCUCGGGAUCGACGUGCAGCGGGACUACGAGCAAGGAACCCUGGCCAUUUCACAGGAGCACUACGUGAACACACUUCUGGAGCGGUUCGGAAUGCAAGAGGCCAACCCUGUGAACAUGACAGCAGCCAAGCACGUUCUGCGAUACCUUCGGGGUAAUCCGGUUCUUCCUAUCGUCUACAAGAGAGGACAGUUUCGGCUAGGGGAAUUGACGGAUUCAUCCUUCGGAGCAAACCCCGACAACGGAAGAUCUACCACGGGAUAUCUCUUCUUUCGGGCUGGAGGACUCAUCAGCUACGGUGCGAAGACUCAAACUCUAACCGCGCAAAUUACGGUCGAAGCCGAGAUUCAAGCACUUAGCUACUCAGCCAGAGAGGCGGUGAACAUGACAGCAGCCAAGCACGUUCUGCGAUACCUUCGGGGUAAUCCGGUUCUUCCUAUCGUCUACAAGAGAGGACAGUUUCGGCUAGCGGCGUUUACGGAUUCAUCCUUCGGAGCAAACCCCGACAACGGAAGAUCUACCACGGGAUAUCUCUUCUUUCUGGCUGGAGGACUCAUCAGCUACGGUGCGAAGACUCAAACUCUAACCGCGCAAAUUACGGUCGAAGCCGAGAUUCAAGCACUUAGCUACUCAGCCAGAGAGGCGGUCUACAUCUCAAUUUUUUUGACGGAACUCAACUUCAAGACCUUCGGAUCGGUUCCCAUCAACAGCGACAGCACCGGAGCGCUGACAGUGGCCGGGAAUGCCAUGCACUCUCAACGCACGAAGCACGUGGCCCUGAGGUACUUUUUCAUCCGGGAGCUAGUACUGCGGGGACAAAUCACUCUUCACCACCGGCCCAGCGAGCACCAGUUGGCUGAUAUCGCGACCAAGUACCUCCCAAAGCACCGAUUCGCCUCCAUCAUUCAGCAGAUCAAGGACUUCUCGUGUUGAUCGAAGAUCUGUGAAGCUUCCUUCCAUACCCGCCAUACCAGAAGGAAUUUAUUUUCGAUACGAUGCCAACGGAGGGGUCGAGGUAGACAAGGAUAUGGUGAUGCCGUCGACCAUUGUGAAUUAGUUGCUUGAUC